UUCCUUGCUUUCUCGCCCACAAUUCACUCUCAUCUCGAGAGGAUUAUCAAUUACGAUUGUUUUUCCAUUCUUUAGCAACUACUUUCUCUUUGUCAACGUGCAUUCUGAUUUCCCUCUACUCAAUCGCAUCCGAUCUAGAUAACUUUAGGGUUUAUCUCAACUUUAUGAAAAUCUCAACCCUUUAACAAAUUUGUUUUCGCGGUAACAAGGAAGGAAUUACCUUGAUUAAGAAUGAGUUUUCGAAUGCAUAACGAUUAUGAGGCUAGGUCUGAAUCACUGUCGAUGUUUAGAGAUCACAAUCACGAGUUUGGCGGAGAUUCAACUUACCAUCUGCCCCGACGUGAUGAAUUAGACCAUCCAACUCGGUCUAGGAGGAGGAGGUGUUUGAGCCCUGAGCCACAGAGACUACAAUUGAUUGGAGAUGGAGACGUAGACGGAGAGAAUAGAGAUUACGAUUGGGGGUUUAGUGUUGAUCGUAAUAGGCAUAAACAGAUGAUGUCAAGAUCCCCUCAGUUUGGGUUAGUGAAGAUAAAACCUCAAGGUAAUGAUAGUGAUUCAAGAAGGGACUCUCAGUACACUGGAGCAAGUGAAAGAUAUGUGGAAAGAGGUUAUUUGGAUGAGGAGAAUUACAACGACAACAGAGGUCUGAAGCCAGAUUAUUUGCUAGAUAAUACUAGAACUACUACUAGGGAAACCUUUUUCCAUGACGGUAAAUUGAAGAAUUCUGGUCAAUAUAGAAGGCCGAGUGAUGAAUUGAUCAGACGGCCCAUAGAAACCCUUUCAAAUCAUGGUGAACGUGGAGAAAACUAUGCAACUUCAAAGGAAAGUUUAGAGACUCCUUAUUAUCCAGAAAUGAUAACAGUGGAUAAAUCGUCAGAUAUGGAAUCUCACAAAGAAAGAGAUAAUCCAGUUACUUAUUCAAGAGACGCUUCUUAUUAUCCGCAUGUUGUACCAUCCAAAGCUAAUGGAGGAGGUUCCUUUCAUUACAAGGAUUUAGAAGGCACAACUUCAACAACUUUAAGGCCCAAUUUCUCAAGUUCUUAUAUGAAUGGCAUGCCUUCAUAUGAAGAUGAGUAUUCCAGGGAUACUGGCAAAGUUGUUGGAGGUUUAGGAUCUACAUCAUAUGGAUUAAAUUGUCAGAGCUAUCUUUCAGACUUGAGAGGUGACUCGGAGAUAGCACAUAAAUAUUUAGGCGGGUACCAGAGAGACAUCAACACGAGUCCAGUUAGGCGUGAGGGAGGUUACUUGAACAACAGAAAUGGGAGAGAAAUUGAUGGAUUAGGUUAUCCCUCCGAUGAAUGUAGAAGGGUUGUCUCUGAAGACCAAGUUGACCAUAAGCAAGAAAAUUUCUUCAGACCUGACAUUAGGGACACCGUUAGAACUCUCGAUACAAGGGAUGAUAGAUACGGAUAUCUAAGAAGUGAUGCACGAGAACAUUCUACCAUGAAGAAGCAGGUAGAUUCUGUCUACUCCCCUGGUGUGAGUAAAUCGAAAGCUGUAUCAGAAAUAGGUAAGGAGUUUGCAGAUUUGGGUAGUCCAUAUAGCCAACAUGACCGAAGGAUAUCAAGAGGUCAUGAAGUAUUUCAUUCAGAUCUCAUGUAUGACCAUGAUAUAUCACCAUCAUGGAAAUCACAAUAUAGAUUUGGAAGAGAAACAGAUUUCAACUCUCAUGUUGAAAGUAGAAGAAAUCUGAUUUCAGAUUUUGGUUUCGGAAGAGAUGCUGUUCCAGAUUAUAACUCUGAAAGCGUAAGGGAGUUUACAUCAAAUGUAGAUGCUGAUUCCUACACAGAGAGAAUAAGGGAGUUAUCGGGUUUCAAAUAUGAAGAUGAAAUGGAUGUGCUUACUGUGAGUCCAUACAAACCCCAUCAACGGGAGCGUGAAGCAAAAGAAGAUUUAACUCACAGAAGGCUGAAGAGUAAGUAUUUGGAUGAUCAACAGAUGAAUAUACAUAAUUCUAGAAAGGUAAUAUGGUCAGAUGCUCACGAUGCAUACAAUAGAAUUGAAGAAUGGAACGAUGAAGACCUUGAUGUUCAAAUCCCAUCAAGGAGGCUUUAUGACAAGAAUAAGCCAUUCCAAAGGAGAAAGAGAGUAUUUGAUAGGUUAGUGGAGUGUGAACAUGUUACCCAUCAGGAUGUUUUGUCAUCUAAUGAUCAUCACUUGCAAAAUCAUUCUGGAAUACACAGUCGCCUAGGCAAUGGACCUUCAAAAGGUCUUCCUUGGCUUGGUUCAUUGGGUCAUAUUAGCAAAAAAAAUAAACCCUCUAAACCAUACAAUGUGUGGAUCAAUGAGAAGGAGGAUAAUGGAAGAGCAGGCACAAUCAUUAAUGACGAACCUUCAAAAAGUGGUGUUCCCUGGCUUGGUUCAUUGGGUCAUAUUAACAAAAAAAAGAAACCCAAUGUGUGGAUCAAAGAGAAAGAGUAUAAUGGAACAGCAGGCACUGUCGAUAAUGAUGAACCUAACAAAUCAGAAAGGUUGGUGACAUCUAAUAAGAAAUCUGAGCCUCCUGAAGAUUCUGAGGAGUUUAAGAAAUUGGUACAUAAAGCCUUCUUAAGCUUUAGUAAAAAGUUGAACGAGAACUCUUCUGAUCAGACAAGUUACAAGGAGCAAGGAAGGGUUGGUAGCUUACUUUGCAUCGUUUGUGGCAGAAGCGAGUCGAAGGAGUUCAUGGACAUGAAACAGCUGGCAACCCAUGCAUUUACAUCUGACGAGGUUGGAUUGAGAGCACAACAUCUGGGUCUUCACAAAGCGAUUUGUGUUCUGUUGGGCUGGCAGAGUGUGGUGGCGGCACCUGAUAUUAACUUAUACAUUCCAGAGCCCGUUUCUGAAGAAGAAGCUUUAGCCCAAAAAGAGGACCUUAUCCUUUGGCCUCCUGUUGUUAUUGUACAUACUACUUCCGUCGCACAGGAUAAAUCAAAACUCAACAUAGUGGAUGCAGUGACGGAGUUUCUUAGAGGUAAAGGUAUAGGAGGAAACUUUAAGGCAAGCCUUGGGAGAUCAGCUAACACUGUGGUGUUGAAGUAUUUGGGCAUAUUCUCCAAUCUUCAGAACGCGAAGAGGAUUGAGAAAUACUUUUUGGAUAAUAAGCGUGGUAGGGCUGAUUUUGAGAGAGUUGCUUCUUCUAACAAGUGCAGCAGCACCACAAUUAGUAGUAGCAAUGAUGACGAUGACAAGAAGAAUAGUGGUUCUAAGGAAGAAGAAGAAAACAGCUAUUAUGGUUACAUGGGGAUCUCAGAAGAUUUGGACAUUAUUGACCUUGAAACAAUGAACAAGUGCGUGAUCAAGAGCAAAAAGGAGAUACAAGACCUUGCCCAUGCACCUAUUAUUAUGCCUCGAAAUUGACUGAUAUGGUUACACAGUUAUGGAGUAUGUGUAAUACCCACCCGCCCACCCACCCGCUCCUCUUGGUUUAGAGUUUAGGGUUUAUACUUUAUAUAAAGUUGAUCUUACUUACUUACACUCUCUCUUAUUUUUGGUCUAGAGAGAGCUUUAAUUGGGAGUUGAGGGGGGAAGAGGAUGGAAAUUGCAGUUACUGAAUAAGGAGGGUGUUUUAACUGUAUGUGUACUAACCCUGUUGCCUGCCCUUAACAGUUUGACCAAAUAUUCAAAUUAGGUUUGUCUUUGGUAUCCAAGAGAAGAUAUUUUUAUGAGAAAUACUCUCUUUUUGUGGAGGUUGAAUUUGGAGAUACUCUUGCAUGAUUUAA